AUGAGCCGUUCUCUCAGUAGAGCCGAUCGGACGGUAGUGCCAAUACGGGGAAUGAUUCAAGGUGAGACUUUGGAGGCUAGAAACCCCUGCGACCGCGGAGAGCCAGGCGUACUUAUCACUAGUAAUUGGCUAGAGGGAUUGGAUUAUUUGUGGCCACACGAGCGCUAUCGCGCAAAGUUGCGAUGCGCUAAUGCCAAGGUAGGUAAUCAUGCACACUCAGCGAAUUUUCUUUGGCAGAUGAAUGGGCAUAUAAGGGGCCGGGUAGUUUGGGGAGAUUUCUGUGACCAUGUUAACCUGGCUCGGAGAGAAUGUUUGGGAGUUGGAAGGAGGAUACGCACCCAAGAAUACAAAAGCCACGAUAGCAACACUGCCCGUAGUCAGAGGCGCAAGAACCUAAACGCUGAAGACGAAGAAGUAACUGGUGAACAGGACUCGCACAACGAAGUCGAAAUCCUUCCUUCCUCGAUCCCUAAGAAUGUGAGCGGAAGCAACUUUCUCCAUUUGGUGCCGUGUGGUGAGGCCAAAGCCAACUCCAAAUUCACAAGGGGACUAUCCCGACUAAGCAAACAUGGUCGCCGUAAAAAAAAACCCCCCCGUGUACCGAUAAGAACAAGUUCACGUAGGACAAUCUGGAACGAGGUCUAUGUUGAGGAAGCGAUACCAAGCAGUGUUAUGGCGUCAAUGACCGUGUUCACAGUUCAGAUCUUGGAGAGGGAUACUGCUGAUUCUUACCGUCGUCCAAAGAGAUCACCCAAGCGUCCAAUGAGAAGAUAUGCGCAUGCUUGGCACUGCGGAAGUCAGAAAUGUGCUUUUUGUGAGAACUUUCGUAAACUAACCAGAGUGUACGUAUACCCAAUCCAGACAAAAUUUGAAUCAGGACCAAUUUCGGCGUUGGCCAUGCCAAAAAACGAUGUAAUGACGGCGGUAGCAUUGAGAACGUUAGUGGAAGGACCAGUAAGAUCUCUCUCGCAGACUUACAAAGUAACUACCAAGAACCAGCUUGCGGGUAAAUACUCCUUUGGCAACUCAUCAGAUUGGGCAAUCUGGGCGAGUGGGAGGCCUGGCUUGAACCUUUUUUACUGUCAAAGGCUUCUAUUUGGUUGGCUUGGUCGAUAUGCGAAGAAGAAUGCGCAGGCCCACAGUCUUCAAUUCACAACUAUUUGCAUCUCUCUCUUCGAUUUUGUGCCCUCAUUCAGAAAUCCCAACGCGGCCCGCGGAGGUCUCGGUAGCGCUACAAGUACCAAAACUGGGGAAGGCGAUAUCAAGAAUGGGCGGAAACAUAAGGUCGUCCGCACGGCCUCUGACCCCAUCCCUGUGCUAAAUUCACAUUCUUUGUAUUCUAUUAAAUACUUAGCACGAUCAAAUCAAGCCCGUGAAGCCUUUGAGCUAUCUCCAACUAUUAAGAUGCCAUGGACUACAGGAGAAAGUACCACUUGGUGGCUAAUGAAAUUUACUAUAUCAAGUGAAGGUCCUCCGCAGGAGGGUCUAGUCGCCAGUGUAAUUUUUGGUAGCUUGGGGGCCUUGCUCGAACAGUGGAACGAGAGGUUCCUCGUAUCUGCCUCGACCCUGCCCUGGCCUCUGCUGUUUCUGAGUCCCCAUGUAAGGGCGGAGCUCGAUACCAGUACACCAAUACAACCAAAAGGUGCGAAUAAUCAACCAACGGUUGAUAUCUGCCGCCAUCUCGGCCUUACAUUUAUUCGCACCUUUUUGGUUGUAUUGUUAGUUCACAUCGCAUUCGGACCUGUUGUCUUGCCUGCGCCGUUACAUAAGCCAAAUGAGGGGUUCUUUGACUUCAGCGAGCUCAAACAUCGUGCGCACAGUCUGUGCAAUCGUGGUUCUAUUAAAAUAGGUCUCAGUGGCGAUCGGUACCUCAAGCAGAAGCAAAUCACGAAUCCUGAAUUAGGAGCAGUGUUAGAAACAGCAUGGCCACAGCGCAUGGCGUUUGUUAGUCGAUCCUCUAAAAUGGAAAAACAUAUCGCCUCCAGCAUAAGCGGUGGCGGCUCUAAGUACUAUCCUAUAUACAGUAGGUUGCAUCUUACGAUAAUUUGUAAGCUGAUGAGGACUCCAUGGCAUCAGAGUGAGUUUCUGAGGCUCAAAUGCGACCUUAUUACGAGGAGGGAAGUCUAUUUUGCCAUGAAAGUAGGUUCUCUGCGAAUUAGGCCCGAAGGCCACAAUGCAAACUCGCAUGAAGUCGAUGUACCCCUGGUAUUUUCUGACACGACAGUUUUCGGCAGGCCUACAUUGCCAACCGCAAACCUCCUCCUAAUGACAAUUCUGGCGCAAGUUAACCCUUUCCUGGUAUUUCUGCAGGGUAUUUCUGCUAUGAAGAUGCUUUGUAAAUGUUGUAGUCAAAUCUUUCGAGGCCCUUGUCCACAUGAAGAGCGAGACCAUCACUAUAGCGUCCGAGAGCUGGAGCAGGCAGCCUUCGAAAAAUGCCAUAUCUGCCGCGUGUUGUGGAAGGGAAUAUCAAACAAAGCUCCCCACAAAGUAAAGGCGAACCCAACAGAGGCUACGGGCCACAGACAUGUCCCGUCGAAGCCAUAUUCAAAACAUCGAAUGCGACACAAAGUCCUUUACACCAACCAGAUAUCGGAAUUGUCUUUUGUGGUAGACCGAAACGGUGUGCUCAACGGUGUGCAAGGCUUCCUUUUCUGUCUCCAAACUACGAGCGAUGGACACAAUCUACUCGGAAAAUCCAGAUCAGCCCUCCCUCAGACCUGGGAUGAGAGCAUGGAUGUUGCAACAGAAUGGCUAUCAGCCUGUCAGAGAGAUUAUAAAAACUACCGCACUCAUCUUUUCAGAGAGCUAUAUCCCGAAACGUCUUCUCUCCAUCAUCUGUUCAUACCUAAAGAAGGUACAACUGGUGAUAAACCCGGGAUUACAGCUGGCCAUUGUUGGGGCUCUUCAAAACCCCUGACACUGACCUCUAACUCGCUUGCCGCGCUCCAGGCAGGAGUCGAGAUCGCAAUGCUCCCUCAAAUUGAUUCGUUGUGUAUAUUUCAAGACUCAAAAGACGAUUGGGCCGAACAAGCGCCACAGAUGAGCCAUAUCUAUCGGAACGGGGGACUUAUCACAGGUGAUACCUUGCAUUGUACAGUCGCCUACCAAAACGUAACUCCACCGGCAGUGCUCCACAAUCUAGCUGGAUUGGGGCAGGGCUUGCUUACGGACCAGUCAGAAGACACAGAAGCAGCACAGCUGCCUACAGUAAUGGAGGAAUGUGUUGUCUAA